AUGCCAGGGAUAGUGAUACCGGAUAAUUCGUACUAUGCGGCAAUUGCGAAGAAUGUUCAGGAUCUUGGUGAUGAGAGGUUGGGGAAAUAUGCUAUUAGUGCUGAGGCGUGUGCCAACAAGGUUGUCGACGGGGUAGAGAAGGGGGCUACUGGAAAAGCUUGGUUUGGUGGUGGAGCUUCUGCAAUGGGCUGGGCGGCGUCGCUACUUCCUGACUGGCUGAUGGAUCAAUCCGUGACUGCUCUUGUUCCCUGGGUGACGAAGAUCCAGCGAUGA